AUGGAAGAUCGCUCAAUAGCAGUAUGGGACAUGCAAUCUCCAACAGAAAUCAAUCUGAGACGUGUGUUGGUUGGCCAUGAUGCAGCAGUGAAUGUUGUAGAUUUUGAUCAUAAAUAUAUCGUAUCUGCAUCAGGUGAUCGGACUAUCAAGGUAUGGAGCACAUCAUCGUAUGAGUUUGUACGGACAUUGAAUGGUCACACACGUGGAAUAGCUUGUUUACAAUAUAGAGACAGAUUAGUUGUGAGCGGUAGUUCGGAUAAAACAAUAAGAUUGUGGGAUAUUGAGUGUGGCUCAUGUUUACGUGUCCUUGAAGGGCAUGAAAAGUUGGUGAGAUGUAUACGUUUUGAUAAUAGGAGAAUUGUAAGCGGGGCAUAUGAUCG